AUGGAAGAGGAGAGCGGCAUUGCGUGGAACUUGUCCUCCCUCCUCGCCGAGGUUGCCGCGGUGCGGGCGGCCAGGGAAGGCGACGGGGAGGAGGACGCCAACAGCGCUAGUGCCGCCGCUCCCGUCGCCGCCGGGGCGGGGGCGUCGGGGCAGUUCCUCUGCGGGGAACGGAAGGCGGGGGCGCCGCACCGGGGCCCCGCCCCGCUGCCGGUCUCUUUCUGCUCGUUGGCGGCGGACGUCGGCGGGGAGGCGGCGCGGGGGGCCGUGCCGGUGUUCUUCGACGCCCCGGCGAGCCCCGCGGCGGGCGGGUGGGUGAGCGCAGCCGCCACCGCCCACACCGCGGCUUCCUCGUGCGGGGCGCACACCGGCGCGGUGGCCGCGUCGCCGGAGAACCCGCUGAAGACGCCCUCCAGCUCGCCGUACUCGGUGGUGGCGGGGCUCACGCCGUCGGCGCACAGCGCGAGUGCGGCGCGGCCGAGCUUCCUGCCCGCCACCGGCGCCGCAGCGACGACGAGUGCGACGUCCACCCCGUUUGGGAUGGCGCACAGCGUGACGACCGCCGUCCACGGUGUCAGCCUCGCCGCCAGGGCCCCCAUCCCCAGCAGCCACGACAGCAAUAAUAAGAAUAAUAAUGCUAUCAGCCACGUGAACGGCUCUCACGGCGCAAGCGACCCGUUGAGCAGCCUCAAUCUGCUACUCAACUUGUCCCCGGUGAACGCACCGAUCGGUUCGACAGGAGCUUCCGCCGUACGAUGGCCCUCACCGCAGCCGAACAAUUUGGUGCUGAGCGGCGGCCCAUAUACACUGCAGCAACAGCAGCAACAACAACAGCAUGUGGGCAACAACGCGUGGGAGGUGGGGAACCGCGGCGGUUGUGUUGUGCAGCAGCAGCAGCAGCAGCAGAAGUACACAGAGCGGCAUGACACACUCUCCGACUCCCUUCGAGGUGCACUGAUAAGGCCCCUGCCACUGGUGAAGCAUGCUGCGGGGUGUCACCUCGCCCCACAAGGCUCUGAUAAUCCCACCACCGCCGCUACCGCCAGUAGCAAAAACAAGUAUAAUAAUAAGAACAAUAAAAGUAACAGCAAUAGGAAUACUGCCAACAACAGUGGCAGGGGCUCUGACUACUCGUGGACGUUCCCCGAGGAGGGAUGGAGCAGUCUCAAGUCGUCCUCGCCGUCAGCGCCGCUCCGGGACUUGGCCAGCUUUUUGGGCUCCAAACGCAGCAGUGCGCCCACCACGCAGCACCCGCCCCACAGACAACCCCAACAACAGCAGGGGACACCGCUGGUGUCUUUGUUUGCCAGUUGCUCUGGAGAAAUCAACCGUCCAUCGUUGGCGUCGUCGGAGCGGCGACGCAGUCCGCCGGUUGAUGCCUCCGUCGAACCCCACCGUGACGCCGUCUUCCCGCGCGUACCAUUUCAGCUGUCGCUUCACCGCGGCUACGUGGUGGAGAUGGCCUCGGAUCAACACGGCUGUCGCGAGUUGCAGUCUGUGCUGGAGCGUUUCCCCUACCACUCGCGGGAGGUCCAGUGCAUUGUGACAGAGUUGCUGCCUGGCUUGCCGCAGGUGAUGGCCAACCCGUACGGGAAUUUCCUGGUCCAGAAACUGCUGGAGAUUGCCCCGGAUGAGGAUAGGCUACAGAUGCUUUCAGAGCAUCUCUCUGGCUCGCUUUGCGAGGUUGCCGUCUCCCCGCAUGGCAACUACGCUGUGCAGAAGUUGAUUGAUUCCCUACGCUCGCGGCGGGAGGUGGAGGUGGUGUGCGCGGCCCUGCAGCGUGGUGUGCUGCUGCUUGUGAACGACCUCAACGGCGGGCACGUGGUGCAGAAGCUGCUGCAGUGCCUACCGCACGACAUUGUCUUUGUGUAUGACGCCAUUGUGGAAAUGACGCUUGCCGUCUGCAACGACAAGCAAGGGUGCUGCGUGGUGCAGAAGUGCAUGGACGCCGCCUCACCAGAGCAGCUGCUGCGUCUACAGGAGGCGGUGCUGCAGCAUGUUUUGCCGCUUUCCACGAAUCCGUACGGCAACUACGUGGUGGCGCACCUCAUUCGCCACUGCAAUUCCGUAAACCAGCGUCAAGUGGUGGACCGGGCUGCCGCCUGUGUGGGGCCCGCGCUGAAGGUGCUUUGCACCAACAAGUUUGCCUCCAACGUGGUGGAGACCAUCCUGAACUUCUGCAGUGAGGCACUCAAGGUGCGGCUGUGCCAGUUUCUCCUGCAGGAGCCAGAUGAGAAGGCCUCACCGCUGCUCAACGGCGGCGGCGCCCUGAACCAUCAACACGCGCCCUCCACGUUGCCCGCGGCGGCGGCGGCGUCGCAGCAAAUGCUGCACCACGCCCCCUCCAUACUCUCCACGGUCGCGCUAAAUGAGUUUGGCAAUUACGUGGUGCAGAAGAUGCUCGCUGUGCUGCCCGUCUGCGCGGAACUCAUCCAGCUGAUUCACCAUCUGCACCGGCUGCUCCCGCUGCUGCUGGAAAUGAACUUUGGCAAACGCGUGGAGGCAAAAAUGGAACAGGCGAAGGCCCGCAUUACGCAGCACUACCAGCAGAAGGGAAUUGCCGCCAGUGACGCAGGCAACUACACCGCCGCGCUGGGGCGCGCCGACACGACGAUGACGGCGAUGGCGCAACUGCACAGCGCACGCGCUGCCGCCGACGCCGACGCCUCGCGGCUGCCGCAACAGCAACGAAGGCUCCAGCAGGAUGUUGUGGCGCCAGUGGCACCCGCAGUGACAGUGGCGGCGCCUCCUGCCUCUCACAACAGCGACAAGGGUGGCGUAGGGUAUAACACGAAUUCCAACCCCUUGUUUGUCUUGUCACCGACGCCGCGAGGGACGCCGCAGCAGCACCCGAUGGACCUCCACCAGCAAUCCCGGCAGCCGCGCCACUCCCACGGCGCCCGCUCCAGAAACCGGCGGGAGCAACGGGCAAAGCGGAAGGGGGACCGUGGUCCCCCUUGA